AUGCCUUCCAUAAUACAGCAAUUACCAAGCGCCGUCGAUUACAGAGGGCAGAUCAUUGCCAAAGAGGCUACUGGCGAGUGGAAGGCCGUGGCAUUACGAUCGAGUGACGACAACCGCGAGGCACUGUUGUCUUCCGAGCCUUGCGACUCUGAAGAAAAAGCAAAAGAGUCUCUUUACAUCAAAUCCGCCGAGGCUACCGCUGUCUACAUCAAGACCAAUGGUUUCGCCCUGUUGCGGGAUCUGAAGAAGGGCGAUACCGACACGGACGAUGACGAGACUGCAUCCGUGGUAUCCGAGCGCUCUGCGUCAUCCACUGCCGCCCUCUCUGUAUGGUCAAGCUCUGAUGAGGAGCUCAUAACACCAGCCUCUUCAUCACCGAAAGGCGGCCGCCCAGCUACCAAGGUCAUUCGCAAAGGCCACAAGAGUGCCAAGACGCGGCAACCCCGAGAUUGCAAGGGUGAAGACUCGGACGACAAUCUAGACGCUCCCCGGUGCAUCGUGAGCACUGUGCGUCCACCUGGAGGCUCUCGAUACCCUGCCGCUCCUUCCCCUGACUGUCACCCUCCUCCGCCUCCACCUACAUAUCGUGGCGUUGGAAUGAUGCCUAUGCAGAAUCCGCCUCCUCCGCCUCCUCCAGGCAUGGGAGGUCGCCCAUUCGGCGCCGGGUUCCCCAAUCUUUCGCCGCCGCCGCCACCACCGGGAAUACGACCUGGGGGGCCAGUACGCGUGUACGACGUUCGACUAACCAUCAGAUGGCUCCAUCAUAGUGAGCAACGGGUUUUUGAGUCUUGCCGUGCCUCCAUCCGAGCUCUACAGGACGCCUCACUGACUUACAUCCGAAGCCAUAUGGAUGCGUUUAACAAUGUCACACCACUGGAUCACUCGCCCAACAAGGUUUGGGCCUUGCGUGCCAACGUCAGGCAGGCAUUUUUCGGCCCCGAGAAGUACGACAUGAGUGGCUACCGAGGUGACGAUCUCACAAAGCUGUUCAACGUUGUUGGGAAGAAUGACAUUCCCCGAUUCGAAGUUGAAGUGGACUAUGUCAGGCCUACGCCACCUGUUAUCGUCACCCCAUCCGGUGUUUUCGACGAUUGA